UUUCAGGACACUAGCAGAAGAUAUGAAAACAAAGCUGGGAGCUUCAUCACUGGAAUAGAUGUGACUUCAAAGAAUCUCUCAGUGUGAGCUUCCCUUCGUAGCUGGCUGUCCCCUGCAUACAUAAUUCUGAGCCUGAAGAAAUGUAUUUCCAUUCCCCAAUGCAAUCAAUAUUUAAAUGGGACUGUGAUAUUCGAAUAAUUGAAAAUAAUGUGUGACACAAGAUCUUGAUCUCAGUAUGCCUACACUGGGAAUUGUUGCUCUUUCCUGUCGUCUAUCAUCAGCUUCUCUGAUUAGUUUCUCUGAUAGUUACUUGCAGAGACUGGGCUAUGGCACUCUGGACUUAUACCCCAGUUUUAGCAAGGCUAUUGAAUACAGCUGGUAUUUUAUUGCAAGAAGCAAUUUAUGAGAAGAUUUUAUAUCCUGAAACAAUUGGGCUUCCUGCCUAUUUUUCUUAAAUUAAACUACCUAUCUUUCUGUGAAGUUAACAUAUUGUAGCUGUCUUGAUUUGUUCUGAAGCUUGUUUAAUGCUGGCUUGGAUUUAUUUCCCAAUUGCAUCACUCCCUUCUAUCAGGGAGAGCCAAAUGUUUCUACAUCACAUGGAGACUUGAUAGAAGGAGCAAGUUGUUAUUCCAGUUAUACUGCAUAAAGCAUCAGACCAUAAUUUCUGCUGCUGUUCUGUACCAGGAAGCAAUUGAGAAAAAGGAGCAAAGAGCAAAACGUUUUCAUUUUCGUGGGGAAAUCAAUCUUGCUCAAAGAAAUGUAGCACUGGAUCGAGAUAUGAUGAAAAAAGCCAUCCCCAAAUUGCGACUAGAUACCAUAUAUGUUUAUGGUGUUGAUGAAAUGAGCACCCAGGAUAUUUUUGCCUAUUUCAAGGAAUAUCCCCCUGCUCACAUCGAGUGGCUGGAUGAUACCUCUUGCAAUGUUGUUUGGCUUGAUGAAGUAACAGCCACACGAGCGCUCAUCAACAUGAGUUCUAUGCCUGGGGAGGAAAAAAUAAAACCCCAAGAAAACUGUAAGAAAAUAGAAGAUUCCACAAAGAAAGAAAAACAGGAGGAAAGCUCAGAUGAUGAAACAGAAGAAGGUGAGGUAGAAGAUGAUCAUCCAAGUGAUACAGAGCUGGACACUUUAUCCCAGGUGGAAGAAGAUUCCCUUUUGCGUAAUGACCUUCGCCCAGCCAGUAAGCUGGCCAAAGGCAACAAGCUCUUCAUGAGAUUUGCCACCAGAGAUGACAAGAAGGAGCUUGGUGCUGCCAGGAGAAGCCAAUAUUACAUGAAAUAUGGAAAUCCUAAUUAUGGAGGCAUGAAAGGCAUCCUGAGCAACUCAUGGAAGCGGAGGUAUCAUUCACGCCGGCUUCACCGAGAUGUGAUUAAAAAAAGAACUCUCAUUGGGGAUGAUGUUGGCCUGACAUCCCCUUAUAAACAUCAUCAUUCAGGAUUAGUAAAUGUUCCCGAAGAACCAAUUGAGGAAGAGGAGGAGGAGGACCAAGAUGAUGAUCAAUAUAUGGAUGAAGAUGAUCGUGUAGUUGUAGAAUACAGAGAUGAACUGCAGGCUUACAAACAGUCUCGUGAACGGAGUGCUCGGCGGUCCAGUGCUAGCGAAUCUGACUCCGAUGAAAUGGACUAUGAUCUUGAGCUGAAGAUGAUCUCCACUCCUUCCCCCAAGAAAAGCAUGAAAAUGACUAUGUAUGCAGAUGAAGUAGAGUCUCAGUUGAAGAGCAUUAGAAAUUCAAUGAGAGCAGACAGCGUAACUUCCAGCAAUGUCAAGAAUCGUAUUGGAAGCAAAGGAGCUUCAGAGAAAGUUGCUGAUGUGAGACUGCUAUUGGAAGAAAAAAGGCAUGGGAAUCCUGGCCUGCACCAGCCCCUGAGCUCUGUGAAAUCAGAUGUCCGACAGAGGCUUGGCAAGAGACCACAUUCGCCAGAAGUCCCUCAGCCCAGCAGCAUCUCUGCAUCUCAUCGUGAGCCUAUGUCUGAUGUUCAUAGUCGUCUAGGGAUCCCCAGGCAAGAGGGGAAAGGCCUUUAUUCAGAUACCAGAGAGAAGAAAUCGGGAAGUCUACGGACACGUUUGGGAUCUGCAUCAAAGACACAGGAAAAAAUCCCAGAGAGAGCAGAAAAAGCAUCAGUAUCACCAGAAGAUGACGACUCUGAGCUCCAGCGGGCAUGGGGGGCUCUUAUUAAAGAAAAGGAACAGUCGCGCCAGAAGAAGAGCCGACUUGAUAACUUGCCAUCCCUGCAGAUUGAAAUCAGUCAGGAGAGCAGCUCAGGCUCGGACACGGAAUCAUGAUGGCCUUUAGUGCAUUCCUUGGAGACUGUUCUGUGGCUCCAAACUGACUGUCUGGCCUGGUCCCUGGAGCCUUCCUCUGCCAAACAUCCAAUUCAUGUUUCAAGGAAUCUCUGGCAUGAGAUGAUCUUGCAUGGCAGAGGUGACUUUAGCAGAAUGAAAGUGUGAGUGUGUGCUUGUGUGUGCUUGUGUGUGUAUUACCUCCCUAGGAAGCAGUCAGGAUUUGUAGAAGACUUGUAUCUUCUUAAGAUUUUCCAUUAAGAUGGAAACAAGAUUCUGAUACUCCCACAAAUGAUAUGGAACUUUCUUGGUUGAUCACCUUUUCCUUUCUGGUUUUUCUCUGGCUAGCCAUUAGGACUGGCUCUGCUUCUGCUUCUUCCUCUCCAGAAUGACCAUGAAUGUAAAUCCAAGAAAGGACAAUGGAAGUGUUCUUCUCUCCAUUCAUGUCAGCAGUUCUGAAUGUGAUUCCAUCAGAAUUGACUUUCUAUGUUGGAGAGUAAUUUCUUACAUAAAAUGAACAGGUGAAAUCCUAAAAGGUGCUUUUUGUUCCUUAUGGAAAAUAACUUUAAAAUUAUUUCCAUGUGUAUAAUGUUCAGUGGGAAUACUAAUUUGUGUGUGUAUGUGUGUGCACAGACACAUACACACACAAACACACACACAUAUAUCUAUUUGUGGCAGAGUUUGUUGUUGGUUACAGUAAAAGCUACUAUUGUGGUUUCAUAUAUGCAUAUAUAUAUAUAUACACACACACACACACACACACACAUAUAUAUAUAUAUACAUAUUGUGUGUGUGCACACAUGCACGUGCACCCAUGCGUGCAUGUGGAUAAAAUGGAUCUCGGCACAUAGCAUCCAGUAAAAGCCUCUGCAUAAGGCCUUUUGAGAUGAGCAGAGGUUAAGUAAAGAUUAGUUUCUGGUGAAUCAUAGCCCUGUUACUGGAGGUGUGCAUAUGUUUUGUCACUAUUAUUGUCAUGAUAUAGGUAUCUGUGGUAGAUUCUCCUCCGUAUCCCCUAAAUUUUACUGUUUCUUUGGCGCUCUUAUCUUGACAGGUAAGUGAUAAACUUUUAUCUGGGCAGCUUCCCCCAUCCCCACUUGUUCCAAUGCAGGAAAUAGAUAUUUUUCAAGUUUCUGGCCAGUAAGACAUGUAGCAAACCUUCCCAGCCUGCAAGACUUCUGCAGGGAAUGUACCUCUUUAGUGCCAUAUUUAAUACAUUUCUUGGGUCUUCCAUCUUUUCCUUUUGACAAAAUAGGAGCACUCCCCAUUCUUCUCCGCAACUUGGGGGCUUUGGAUCAUUAGUUUGGAGUUUUGUGACACAGAAGAGCAGUACAUGGCUUAGUAAACCACUUCCAUUAACAGAUCUUGCAAGGAGGAGGAGGUCAGUUAAAAGGUCUUGAGGACUUUCCUGUUUUGUACUGAUUUUCAUUUGUUUAAAUGUGGAUUCUAAAGAUUAUAAAUGACAAAGUAAAUGUGAUGUUUGAUCACUGAAGGAACUGUUCAAGUGCAUAUUUUCCCUCAUCUAAAGCCUAAUUAUUUAUAUACACACAUAUAUACACACAUAGUUAAUAUAACAAAGAUUUGUAUUACAAAUAAAAUUCUGAUCUUAACUAUAGUAUAUCUCAACAUCUCUGCUAUCUGACUGUCAAACAUACAGUUUCAGUUGUGACUGCAAAAUAAUCUGGAGAAGUAAAGCUAUCUGAAAGAAGGAAACUGAUCAUAUUGUCACAAAGUGAUAAACCAGAAUUCCUGGCUUACUGUGAUCCAUGAGCAGAGUGCUAAUGCACGUGCCUGUUCAUUCUGAUUUUAUGGGAAGUGCUUUCAAAUAAGAUGAAGUCAGUAAAUCAGUAACACAGGGAAUUGAUAGGCCCAACAAAGCCAGUUCAUACUUCAAAGCUAUCACUUUCACUCUAGUUUAUUAUUUGUAUGUUAGAGUAAUGGGAAGAAAAAGGCUCUACAAUAGGACACUAUUGGUUGAUCACCUUUGCCCUUCUGGUUUUUCUCUGGUUAGCCAUUAGGGCUGGCUCUGCUUCUGCUUCUCCUCUCCAGAGUGACCAUGAAUGUAAAUCCAAGAAAGGACAAUGGAAGUGUUCUUCCCUCCAUUCAUGUCAGCAGUUCUGAAUGUGAUUCCAACAGAAUUGGCUUUCUAUGUUGGAGCAUAAUUUCUUACCUAAAAUGAACAGGUGAAAUCCUAAAAGGUGCUUUUGUUCCUUAUGGAAAAUAACUUUAAAAUUAUUUCCAUGUAUAUAAUGUUCAGUGGGAAUACUAAUUUGUGUGUGUGUGAGAGAGAGGGGGGGGGGAGAGAAAUAGGACAAUAGGACCCUGCUUUUUCGUGGAAACCAGAGGGUCAGUAAAUCUGUCUUUUGCGUUUAUGCCAAUAGUGGAUUGUUUCAAACACAGGGAAAUGAAUUGGCAAGUGGACUAAAGAUUAUAAUAGUAAUUCAAACAGUAUGUGUUUUCUGUGGAAUAACAUGAGCUCACAGUUCUUCUCUUCUCAAAGAUCGGUUUGGUGGCUAGAGCUAAGAUACGUCUUCAAACUUCCAUUUUCCUUGAAUUUUUCAGUGGUACAUUUUAUGUUUAUUCCCAGCCUUAAAAUGAAGUAAGCUGCACUUCCAGCUGAACAAAUCAUAGGUAACAGCUCUUAAGAGAUGUAUGUGGAAUGAGGGGG